AUGAACUCACCCCGCUUUGUGUGGCCUGAGCGCAAGAACUACAACCUGGAGUAUUUCGACCUCGUGGAAUCAUACGUCGGUGCCGAAGGACUAAGCACAAUUCUCGCUCGCUGCCCGAAGUUGAAGGGAAUCUCGAUCAGGUUACCCGACGAGGAAAGGCCGUUAAUAGUUGACGAUGACGAGGGCUACGAUGAGGAAGAAGAGUUUAUCCUCAGCUAUGAUGACUUUGGGGAUGUUCUUCGAAAACAUGGUCAGAAUCUCGAAAACUUCGACUUGUACACCUUCUUUUUUGAAAGCUACAGCACCACUUGUCGAGGUCGCGGCCCAGGCGAGGGAAUGAUUGGUUCCCCCCGGGAACUCAGAUCCCUCAAACACCUCGGUGUUAGUAAGGAGGCGUUAAUCGGCGAGAUUGAGCCACUUGUACGAUUGAGUGAGGUUCUCCCAGAAUCGAUUGAGACUCUUCAUCUGUAUUGCAGUGGAAUCUGGAAGACAGAGGAUCAGGUCGAAUCUGAACGCGAGCUGUACAACCAGGACGUUUACGAUCUGCUUCUCGACCGUAUGCCUAAUCUCCGCGAGAUUCGGAUAGAGAGAUUGAGUACUGGUCACGAUAUGUGGUAUCCAUAUGGCUCAGAUUCAGAUUCAGACGUUGCGACUGCUGCUGAUAAUAAUUAUGAUGAUGCUUCAUGCUUUAGUGAUAAGGAUCCACAAGGUCUUUACAAACCACAGUUCGGACCGGAAGAAUUCAUCUAUUCGAAGGAGGCGGAGUGGCUACCUGAGCUGCAUGCCGCUGGCUGGACUGUGGACAUUGCCGAGGAGCGCCUAUAUAAGAUACUUGGAGGACCAGGAUGCGACUUUUACGUUAUCACUCUGACAAGGAAGACAUGA